CAAAAACAACAUUAUUAUGUUAUAAAUUUUAAAAUUAUGAAAAAAUGUUUAAAAAUACAUAACCAUGAGAUGGUGUGGUUAGUAGAGACUUAUCUACUUUGCAUGGUCUGAUGCACUAAACCACAGUAUACAAAUUUCAUAGCAGAUAAAUGUAUAAAUAAGAUGUAACAUCUUCCAAAGCAGAUUCAGCUUUCAGAAGUUACACAUCUCCACUAAGUCACCAUGAAGGCUAUUUAUUGCUUGGCAAUUUUUGCAAUUCUUGGUGUAGCUGUUAGAGCUAUCCCACUCAAGAAGGAAGCUCAGAGCUAUAAGGCUCCAGGUGUAUACUAUUCUGAACAUAGUGGAGCUGACGGAAAGGGAUAUGUACAACCCAAGGCCUAUUAUCCCAGUUAUCAGCAAUAUGACGACGCCAAAUAUUACAAACAUGACAGUGAAAAUCAAGGAAGUUAUGGAAAGGGAUAUGUAAAACCCAAGGCCUAUUAUCCCAGUCAUCAGCAAUAUGACGAUGCCAAAUAUUACAAAGGUGACAGUGAAAAUCAAGGAAGUUAUGGAAAGGGAUAUGUACAACCCAAGGCCUAUUAUCCCAGUUAUCAGCAAUAUGACAAUGCCAAAUAUUACAAACGUGAAAAUCAAGGAAGUUAUGGAAAGGGAUAUGUACAACCCAAGGCCUAUUAUCCCAGUUAUCAGCAACAUGACAAUGCCAAAUAUUACAAACGUGAAAAUCAAGGAAGUUAUGGAAAGGGAUAUGUACAACCCAAGGCCUAUUAUCCCAGUUAUCAGCAAUAUGACAAUGCCAAAUAUUACAAACGUGACAGUCAAAAUCAAGGAAGUUAUGGAAAGGGAUAUGUACAACCCAAGGCUUAUUAUCCCAGUCAUCAGCAAUAUGACGAAUAUUACGAUGCCAAAUAUUACAAACGUGACAGUAAAAAUCAAGGAAGUUAUGGAAAGGGAUAUGUACAACCCAAGGCCUAUUAUCCCAGUUAUCAGCAACAUGACAAUGCCAAAUAUUACAAACGUGAAAAUCAAGGAAGUUAUGGAAAGGGAUAUGUACAACCCAAGGACUAUUAUCCCAGUUAUCAGCAAUAUGACAAUGCCAAAUAUUACAAACGUGACAGUGAAAAUAAAGGAAGUUAUGGAAAGGAUGUACAGUCUCAUUAUGGCUAGCUUUCCAAUUUCCCAUCCAGAAGUACGGGAAAAGCCAGUACGAUGCAAUCCUGUCACUGGAUUCAUUGCUGUGAAGGAACGCCGUACCAUCUAGAGAGGAAGAUGGCACUUAAUAGCAUAGUCUAGAAUUUUAUCUACCAGCACCAGAUAAUUUUGAAUUCAGAUGAUUUGAAUACUGUAGUAAAUUUUGAAUACAACACUGGUAAUAAAAACAAAAUGGCAGUCUUGUAACAGAUCUGUGAUCAGUGAAAUACAUAUGAUUGAUAGAAAAAGAGAUUUAAGUAAUUACUCAAAAGCAUAUCUACCCCACAGUCUUCUACCUGUUAACUAAGUACUGGUAUAUAUUUUACUCAGAAUUAUUAUUAAAAUUACUUGUUGUAGAA